AUGGCUCCAGGCACAUACUACUGGAAAGCGACGUUGGGCGUAUUAGAUGGUGUUCAUCAGUUGAUGGCGAAGAUAGGUUUGAUAGACCCUCUCGCAAUGGUAUUCAAAGCCGGGUCAGAGAUAGGAGUGCUGAAACGCAAUAUGAUUCUGAUCGCAUGCUGCUUUAUCUUUGCGACGGUUGUCUUUUUUCCUCGACUAGGCGAGCACACCGUGCCACUGCGUGUUGGAAAAGUCGGCCCUGACUCUGGCUUACCAUUGGAUCCUCGUUAUCCGUACCCGGAGUACAACAGCUCGUCUUGGAGGGUCACAUGGAGAGGGCGUUAUCGACCUUGUAUUGGACCUGGGGGAGGGAUUCUUAAUUUCAGGGACGAGAGCACGGCCAUGACGGGCUACCAAUGGAACCAGUCAGAAUUCCCUGCCCCGAUAUUUGGUGGCUAUGAGCCAUGGAGUCUCGAUGCGAGUCUCUGUGUUGACCCCCAGUCCCGGUAUGGCGCAUAUGGCUACCAAGUCAGAGGCCCAGCAAAUGGCACAUCUCAAAUCCCAAGUUUCAUAAAUGAGGAUUGGGAUGGUGUCAAUUGGGCUGACUUGCAGCAGAUCUGUUUGGAGAACAACUACGAUCGGUAUAACAUGCUGAACCCCGCAGACAAGAGAGUUACACUCCACAAAGAUCCUCAACCAGAAGUGAAAAAUGAAGAGGGCGAAAUUGACGAACCUCCAAAUGCAAAUGUCAAUGGAGAAAGCCAUAUGAAUCAGAAACGCCAGAGAUAUACUAAAGAAGGUAUUCCAACUCGGGCCCAUCCCAGAUCAGUAGUCAUCCUACGCUCCUGGCUUGGAAAGGAGUACACGGAAAAUGAUAUCCUUAACAUCCGCGCCAUGAUCAUGGAGUUGUCCUUACUAUCAGGUGCAGAGUACGAAGUCAUACUAUUGAUCGACGCACACGACGAGAUAUUGCCUGAUUCUGCGGACAAGGCCAGUAUCGAAGAAUUGAAAAAAGAACUUCCAGAAGAACUUCGUGGUCUUGCGGUUUAUUUCAAUAUGGAGAUCUUGAAAAAUUGGUAUCCGUUGAUUGAGGCACAUCAGGCAAUGUUCCAAUAUUUUCAACCAGUGCAAAUCUUUUCACAACUCCACCCACAAUACGACUACAUUUGGCAAUUCGAGAUGGAUUCCCGGUACACCGGACACCAUUAUCACUUACUCGAGCAAGCAACCGCCUUCGCAAAGAAACAGCCUCGCCAAAAUCUCUGGGAACGAAACUCCUACUUUUAUAUCCCCUCUAUCCACGGAACAUGGGAUAACUUCACCAAAAUGGUAGACGCUAGCAUGAUCGACCGCAAGACAAUAUGGGGUCCAGUCCCGGUAGAAGGCCUAAACGUUUCAAGCGACUCACCCAUUCCACCACGCAAACCAUCCAAUAACGAAACCUCAACUUGGGGCAUUGGCGAAGAAGCAGAUGUAAUAACCUGGCUACCACAAUUCAACCCGCAAAACACAGACUGGCCGUACCGCGAAAUAAUCUACAAUUUCAUCCAAGGACCAUCCAUUCCCCGCCGCGCAUCUCCUGUGGCAAUGUCCCGACUGUCUGCGCGCGUGCUGAAGAUCAUGCACGAGAAUUUAGUUGAUGAGGGCCUGAGUCUGGUGUCGGAGAUGACGCCCGCGUCGAUGGCUCUGUAUCAUGGUUUGAAGGCUGUGCAGAUCCCGCAGCCUGUUUACCAUGCUCAUGAAUGGGAUCCUGUGGAGCUGGAUCGUCGUGCUAAUACCAAUCUGCCUGGGUAUAUUAGUGCUGGUCAGGAUAGUAUUUGGACUUGGGAUUUGGCUCAUGAUAUCUUGAAGAAUAUGACCUAUAUGUUUGACUCGGACUUUUCGGGCAGGCUUUAUCAGGCUUGGUUGGGGAAUGGUGAGGUUGAAGAGUGGAAGAGAGAGAAUCGAUCGAUGUGCUUGCCUCCGAUGUUGUUGCAUCCUGUUAAAGAUACCGUAAUGUAG